CAUGUCAUUCUAAAAAAAAAUUGCAUCACGAAUGAACUACAAAGUAAGAGAGAGAGAGAGAGACUGAUCGAUAAACGCAGCAGAUCUUUGAUCAGUCGUCAAAGUAAACUGUUCUCAGCUGCCGAAUUCGCAGACGAUCUCCAUUUUUCCUUCAACAACAAGUUUAUUUUCUUCUGUGAUUAUGCAUAAAACGGCGCAGGCAUGGUUCGCUGGCGGUCCCAGCACCAGCGAUCUUAGUAAGGAAUCUCCGUCUCUUCUCGCUGAUUGGAACGCUUAUUCUGCUUCCAGAGAAUCUGAAGAAUCAUCAUCUGGCUUUGGAUUUGAUAUCGAGGCCGCCGUCGGCACCGUCAACGACAAGGUCGCCGGUACUUUCAAUGUGGUUACAAAAGGAGUUAGGGAGCUUCCUGGGAAUCUUCAGUCUGCCACAAGCAAUGUCCCUUCUGGAAAAUCUCUUUUGUACUUUGGUCUACUCCUUGCUACUGGUGCAUUUUUUAUCUUCAUUGCAUUCACCAUGUUCCUUCCUGUCAUGGUGUUGAUGCCUCAGAAGUUUGCUCUUUGUUUCACCAUUGGAUGUGCCUUAAUUAUUAGUUCAUUCUUUGCUCUUAAAGGGCCUAAGAAUCAGCUUAUGCAUAUGUCGUCUAAAGAGAGGCUUCCAUUUACGCUGGGAUUCAUUGGCAGCAUGGUUGGUACAAUAUAUGUCUCCAUGGUGCUUCACAGCUACGUCCUUUCUGUGCUAUUCUCUUUGAUGCAGGUCUUGGCCUUGUCGUACUAUGCCAUUUCAUACUUCCCCGGAGGAUCGGCUGGUCUGAAAUUUCUUUCUUCAUCUCUUAUGUCAUCAGUACUUAGAUGUUUUGGCAGGUGAUCAAUUCUCCUCCCAUUUUUUCCACCUGAUUGUAGAGGAUAAUACUCUUGGCUUAAUUUCAUUCUCUUUUAUUGAUUUUAGUUUAUUGAACUUUA